UGUCAGAUGAGGAGAACGAAUACUACCACGCAGCACCUUCGAUGUUUCGAUCUCGGUUCACUACACAUACGCAUCGAACAUUAUUUAAGGUUAGGUACAGGAUACGACGAUUCAAGCAGGUGGUUUCUUAGAAUUCUGGAAAGUUAGCGUUUCGAUCGAUACGUUGAUUCUAAUUUAAACGAUAUAGAAACUUAAAUAUCGCGAUGAACACUAUUUCGACGGAACAAGAAAGGAUAAUCUUUAACUUUUUAAAGUCACGAAGCUGCUGCUUAAGAUGUUGUUUACGUUUCAUUGGAUGCCGAGUGCCAAGUUGUUACAUCAAGCCUUUUGAAUUUGCAACGCGGAUGGGUUAUAUCGAGACAGGAGACAAUUCCUUUUCGGAUGAAGCGCCUUGUGUCAUGUGUUUGGGAAUCCUUCAAGAUAAAGCACAAGAAAGUGUCGUUGCAAAGAUAACAGACAAAGUUAAGCAAAAAGAUUUUGAUUGUACAACUUUCACUUGCGCGCUGACUGUUCCUAUAUCAGUGAAGCUCAGAGAAUAUAUAAUAUAUGCUUAUAUAUCCAAAGAAAUCAAUAUCAGCGAGUCUGCUGUAAGUUCUCUGAGAGGAAAGUUACAUAAUAUCAAGGAUACUUGGAAAUUGUUUAUAACACCACAACUUGAACAGACAAUGGGAAAACGUACAGAUCUGUCGACACCGUCGCCCUUUCUCAUUGAAACCUUCUUAGUUUACGAUGACGAUGAGAUUAUAUUUGAAAAAUUAAUAAAGAAAUACAAGGAUGAUAAGAAUAAGCGAAAGAGAAAGCACAAUGCUAAUACAUUUAGUAGAAAAAGUCUCGAAACUCUGUUGACCGAGACUACGGACGAUCAACUUUUGCAGCACUUCACGAUUUCGCAGAUUGCGCCGGAAAAAUUCGUUCGCGCGGACAACGUUCUGUGUUCUCACAGCAGUAUUUUCGUAGGAGGGCGUUACAACAAACUCUCGCGAGAGCUCAGCCAAACUCCCUGGUUUGUGAACGGCGAGAAGAAGGUGGAGACUUCAGUGCAAGACUUGCUGUGCAACCCUGUCGCAGAGGCCGUAAAAGCGGAAUCCAUAAGAUUUCUCGCGGCUGGAAGGGAAGACGUCGAUGUUCGGAACCUGCACAAUGGCCGGCCGUUCGCGGUCGAGCUGCUGAAUCCUCGCAUGACGAACAUCACGAGCGAGCUCCUGGCGCAUCUGGCUGCCAAUAUCAAUCGGUCGACCAAGCAGGUUCAAGUGACGUCAGGAUUAAAAGUUCUGUCUAGACUCGACUUGUAUAGACUCAAAGAAGGCGAGGACGUCAAGACGAAGUUUUAUCGGGCGCUAUGCGUCUGCCGAGGCGAACCGGGCGACGGUUUGCCGCAGGUGGAGAAUCUGAAUAAAUUGAAGAACAUCGAGAUCGUUCAGAAAACGCCGGUGAGAGUAUUGCAUAGACGGCCCUGGAUCCCGCGUACGCGCAUCGUUUACGAGAUGCGUGCACGGUGGGCGAAGCCCGAAGAGCUGACGAAGUUGCUGCGCACCGCCGCCGAGAGCGCCGACCGAUUCUUCGUUCUAGACGUCAAGACGCAAGCGGGCACAUACGUGAAGGAAUUCGUACACGGUGAUUUCGGCAGGACCAAGCCGAGCCUGUGCGACUUUCUCAACACCGAAGUUGAUAUCGUCGCGUUAGACGUAACAGGAAUUAAUCUGAAUUGGCCAUAAUAUAUUUAAUAUCUUUAUAUUUUA